AUGGGUGUUUGUUCUAAUAAGAGUUAGACCUUGAAUGAGAAAGAGGAGGUAUGUUUUGAAGAUAAAACAAUAGAAUAUUGCUCUGUUAUUAGAUAUUAAUAAUCCUAGGAAUGUUAAUCAUGUAUAUGCAAAUAAUUUCACACUCAUUCCAAAUAAGUUCAUUGGAAGAGGAAUCAAAAAAACCAAUCAAUAUACAACAAAAUUAUCCAGAAUUGAAUGGGAUUUAAUGUAAAAAUAGUUUUGGGGUAGAGUUACAAAUUAUAUCCAGAUAGCCGUAAAGAUUGUUCUGAAUGGGCAAUUAUCAAGAAAGCAAUUUUGUGCGAUGAUGAAUGUAUCAAAAGUAGUCAUGCCAUUUUAUAGCCUUGGUUCUUUAAAUUCUGGGGGAAGCCAAUUUAAAAAUGAUUGGGAAUUCCAUUUAAGUGUUGGUUUAAGAUAGUAUAAUUUCUAUAUAAAUAAGAGCAUAUAUUUCAAGUCCCAAUAUUCGUAAUUAAUGAGCCUACCUUUUGCAGCAAUAACAAAUUUGAACUGAAUUUCGAAACUUCCAUUUUGAAGGUAAUUUAGAUAACCAUCUAGGUGAGAGUUCGAAGUAGCAAAUUGCCAUAGGAUUUUGAGAUUUCAACUUAAAGCACUUCCACAAUACUAGAAAUCAAGUAAAUCAUAUUGUAGGCUGCAAAAGAGAACACUUGCAGAUUGUAUUUAAAUGGAAGGGAAUUGAUAGAUUAGAAUUAAUUAGGAAAUUAUUCUAUAAGUUCAGGAACUGUAUAUUCCAAUAAUUAUACAAUUAGGUAAUCUAAGCUUUUUUGUGAUUAUAUUGAUAUUUAUUUAUAUUUUUUAUGCUUUUGA